UUUCUUUACAAAAAAUAGCUUAACCUGGGGAGUGAAAUGGAAAAAAUUAAACUUCAGAAAAUCGUAAGCAAUUUAUUAGAUAAGCUUCGAAAAUUGUACAUUCAUGGAACGGUCAUCUAGAAAUGUUUAGCCUAGUUCCUCAACCUAAUUACCUUCAUUCGUCUCAGCAUGGCUUGAAGAAAUAUAUUAAACUAAUUUAUUUAACUUCAUUUCUCUGUGCAUUACUGCUAAUAAAUAUUCCGGUGGCAUAACUAUAAUUUUCAGGUGACAUAACUUCGAUUCAGUGCCUCGCAUGCGACACCAGGCCUCUUUGCGAUUCCGGUCAACAACCGACAGCUGGAGGAAUUGGUUUACACUGAUCUCGCGUUAAUUCCAGGCUAGACGACCAUUUCAAAUGGAUACGGUUACAAUCGAAUUCCAAAACAGACCUCAACUGGUAUAUUUGAUUCACUUCGACCAGUUAUCAAUGCUGAUUAAAUCCGCUGAAAACGCAAGCCAUUUUCAUCAUCUUAGCAGUUUUAGUAAUCAAGCGUGUUCCGCGUGUCUUACCCAAAUUGCACGCUAAGCGUGCUAUAAUUCGCACACUUACCGUGACCUAUGGCACACUACAAAAAAACAAAAGGCUAGCCUGCUAAAUUUACCAAAACAAAGGCAAGUGUGUCCGUCUUUGUUUUUUCAAUUCAAUAUGCGCAUAUCCGUGAUCUACGGCAUGCUAAGCGUGUCGUGAGCGUGCUUUCACCUUUAGCAUCAAAUUCCCCUGGAGGGUCACAUAUGUGAGCAUUUCUGAUCAGCAGGUUUCUUGUGGGUUAACGUUUGUUAUGCGCCUCAUGAUUGGCCUAAUUCUUACGUGUGCGUGACGAUAAGGGCACAGUGACAUGUCAGAAUUCACAGAAGGGAGUUGGCAAUGAUCGUUUGCAGUUUACAGCAAACAAUAAAAGAGCAGUUCAAACUUAAAAGCCUUCUUCUGCACAAAAAAAUGCUUUGAGAGAAUUCCUUGUGAUAUAUAUAUUUUUUAUAAGAAUUUGCUUGUAAAUUUGCCCACUGGUUUUCCAGCAUCUUCCAAUCACUGCAGAUUCACUGUCGCGUAUUCUGCAAUCUAGCCGACAGUUCUAGGCUUCUAGCAUCCCCAAAAAAAUCAGGAAAUCAUGAUCUUCACAGCCAAAAAUAAAACCCACCUACAUGUGGCUAUUCAGGUCCAGGUAUUUUAGAGAAACCAAAGAAACUAAGGUUAUUUAGCCACAAGAAAAAAGCUUAUUAAGGCUUAAACAGAGGUAAAAGAAAAUCAUUUCAUGGUAAACUGCAUUUGUGAUCAAAUCCUGUCAGAAAACAUCUGUAGAGACAUCAACCAUAUAUGCAUGGAACAGACCAGCUUCUUCAACCUCUAAAAGCGAGACUCAAAGUGGUAAAAUAAAAUUUGCUCAGUGUAGAAUACUCCAUGCACUGCAUAAACUACGCAAAAAGAGAACAAGAAAAACCACUGCUGUUCAAGCUGACUCUUUGGUCUUGUUAAUUACACUAUCAAAAGCUCAAUCUCCCUUCUCACAAGCUAUGAUAUUGUGCACUAAUUUGCAGACACUCUAUACAGAAGGUUUAGAACGUCUGCGAUGCAAGUAAGUUUAGCCAAGCAAGAUCAUCACUGCAAGUUAAGCUUAAAUUAUGAUAAACAAUUUAACAAAUGGGGUUGACUAUGAGUUGUAAAAAGGGGGGGGGGGUACCUAUGAGUCAUUAUUUAAGUAUAUUCAUAAGUCUCGCUUGCUUAAGAAAUGAGAAGGCAAUUACAUCUACAUGAAGCAGGAUUUCCUUGUGACAAGUUUUUAACUUCCUACUUCAUCGACAGUCAAGUAUUCUUCAGGAUAUUUUAUUUUAUAUAUGGUAUUUGACAAUUAUUUGUUUCUGAAUUGAUCGAGUAUUAGUAGCCAUUGUACGUACAGGUCUGCAUAGGUUCAUGGGAAAAUUGAAACUGUUACCCUCCAUACCAGAAGGAUGUGGUUUAUACUUCCCCCCAUGGAGGGCAUCAGGAAUUCCAAUGGGAAGGGUCCAAGAGGAGGCGAUUUCCAAGAGGGUGGGGUCAGGUUCUCAAGGUCUCCUUUUCCAGGGACUUUGAAACAAUAAUUAUUGUUUUUAUUGAUGAUGUUACAUUAACAGUUACAGCUGAAUGCUUUUUUCACAGCUUACCUGUAUGAUAUAGUCUACAUGUAUGUAAUAUGAAUGUCAUAUCGGCUCAAGAAUAAUGCUGGUCAUCCAGCUCAUUGCUUUAUAUUUCACAGUAUAAUUGUGGUAUUCACUGUGUUAUGGUCAGUUGCUUUAAAUGUCAGAAACUAGGUUAAGUUCCCUGAAAUUGAUUUCUUGGAAUCGAACCCCUUACAGUGGAACCUCUCUAAUACGGACACUGAAAGGACAGAGCGAAGUGUCCAUAUUAGAGAGGUGUCCGUAUAAAAGAGGUCACUACGAUGACGUCACCUUUAUGACUCCACUUACAGUUUUAAGUGUUCAGUAGCUAAAACCAGUUGUCAGUGACUUGACUGACAGCUUUCUUGUGUAUUUUCCUGUCGUAAUAACAGUUGCUUAUGCUUGUCAGUAGAUCACUGACAAGUGAUGAUGGUGUUUUCAUCCCUUUUUCUAAUAAUUUAUUUUUUGCUGCUGCUCUUCAUUGAAUUACCUUUCCAUAUUGUUCUUCCAGAUCUAAAUCUGCCAAAGGCUCAUAGGUCCACAGGAUGUAAGAUUUUUCGAUUGUUUUUCUUCCUGUGGUUCUGAUACUGUGUAAGCUUUCCUUGGGUUUCUGAGGUUGAAAUUGAAAUAGCAGUUACAAAAACAAAUUGCAUGUAUACUGCUAGUUCAAAAGUAGUUCAAGAAACUUCCUCUUCUUGCCUUGCUAUUAUCUCUUUCUACGCCACUGCAUGACUUUGUGAUUUCUCUUUUUUCAAAAUUUGGGUAUGAUUGUAGGUCAUGUGUAUACUGGAAAGUCCUAUUGCAUUAUACAGUACCAGUAUGAAAAUUAACUCUUUUAGUUAUUGAGAUCUGGAAUAUUUAUUAAGGUCCCCAUUUAAGACCACAGCCUACAAGUAUGUUAUUUUUGCUAUAUCAUUUUAUGGGUACUUGUACACCUGAAUUAUAGGGACAUAAAACAGUUAUCUCACAAGGAGCGGGGGAGGGGGGGUCACAGGCCCCCCAGGACUACCCCCUAGCUACGCCCCUGAUGAGGAGAAAAAAAUUUUGCUAUCGCUUGUUUACGUCCUCAAUAAAACGUGAAAUUUGGCCUUUUCUUGUCCUGGUCAUGCAGUGAUGGUUAAAAAAAUGUACAAAAAAGCGUUUUGCACGUGCAGAGUUGUCGUUUUGCGUAUUCAUUUAAACGUAUUGCCUUUUUGACGUUCUCUUUGUCGUCGCCGUUGUGGCAUCUUAAAGUCCCUAAUGAUGAUUUUUUUAUGCUGUCUUUGUUUUUUAAUUAUUAGCAAACCCCAGCCUAACCUCUAAUCAGGGGAAACCUCUAUUCAAGGGACACUUGCUUUGGUCCUGAGGGUGUCCCCUGAAUAGAGGUUUCAUUAUAUUAUUUGUUUUAUCUAUUGCUUCAAGUUUAUUUUUUUUAUUUCAAAGCUCACUUAAUAACUUUCUGUGCUUUGCACUGUGAGCCUGUUGACUUUUUUGAUUGGUAUUAUUAUGAUCAUCUUUGAUAACUAAGAUUUUUUAUGCUCCAUUUCUUGUACACUGUACAAGUUAAAAUUCACACCAAAUAGUAUUGUAUGAAACCUGAAAUGAUGCGACAAUGGCCGCUAUUGUCAAGUGAAAUUUACCCUACGUAAUAAAGUUAUUUUUCAGGUAUUAUUAAGUCAGUCCGAUAAUGAGUUUUCUGUGUGUCUUGCAUAAAAAUAGUUAUCAUCUUAAUGUUUUUCUCUUACCACUUAUUACCCUUCUUUGUUCAAGUUAUAAUCUUUCAUGUAAUGUCGGGGAGAGAAGAUGCUGCCUGGCUUGCUCAUGGUAGGGAAUUAAGGGGAUGUGAUGUUGCCCUCUACCUAAAGGUCUGGGGACGAGCCAGGGACCACAUGGUCUAGUGUAUACUGGGCAACCUCAUAGGGAUUGGCUGGGAAAACAAUGAACAAACAAAGUAACAAUGGAACCGAGCUGUGACAUAUAGGAAUCCAAACAAAUUAGAGGUUCUGAAGAGUUGCAAGGGUACGGUUUUGACAAAUGAUUUUGAGCUAAACAUAUUGCACAAAUUUUGCUUUAGGUGAUGACGUCUUGGUUAAAUUAGCCUGCGAAACGCAUAUGUAUGUUCAGUUUUUCGGAGGGAGCGAAGCGACGGCCAGAAAUACGUCUGCGUUUCGCAAGCUAUGGUUAAAUGGGGUGUGAAUAUGGUUGUUUUCAGUUGUUAUUUUAUGGUACUGGAAAUGCCCGCUGAUAAGAAGGUCCCUUUUUUUGAAGUAGGAUCUUGUUCUUGGGGUACUUAUUGGCAAUUUAGGCCAGGAGCGUAGCAUGAGAUUUUGUAGGUGUACGCACGCGGGGAAGAAAAGUUGUAGUGACGAAGGCGGCCCACCGUAGGGAGAUCUGGGGGCAUGCUACCCCAGAUUUUUUAAAAUUUAGGGUCUCGGAAAUGCCAGUUCCAGCGUUUUCUGCAGGAUAUUUUCAGUAAAUUUAUACUUAGGAAAUGCAAUCAGUUGUGUAUUUUUCCAAUCUCUAGUGUUGUCGGUAAGGUACAGUGUUUACGGGAAAAAAGGCCAGUGACGUCAUCAGAAUUAUGGGAUAAUAAAAGGAUAAAGGACAUACUAACACAAAGACACCAAUCAGUAGUGGCGAAAAAUGUAUCAUUCAUUCUGAUUUAAUGAUAAAUAUGAUUUUUCAGGAAAUAAAAAUAUAUUUUUAUUAUACCAAGUCAUUUGACAUGAGAAAAUUUUCCUUAGCGCGACCGAGAGUUCUACGUGGCGGUGCACUCGUUUUCUGAAGAGUUUCGUAAUCAGAGACUGACUCGGAUUUGGUGGGAGUAAAUUUGGCCACCAAAGGUUACGACCUUUACUCUCAAGCCCUGCCAAUAUACAAUACACAGAUAUCUCUUCAGCAAAAGUGGGGGAAAAAACAGCCUCCAAAUAGGUCGAUACAGUUACAAAAAGUAAAUAAUUAGAGCACAGGCAGGCGGCGGGGGAGGUGGUGGAAAAUUGCGAGAAUUCAGUUCGAACCAAGUGAUGUGCACUGUGUGAUGGUGAGCAGUCUAAAGGGGCGAGCACAUGGUAAAGCACUGUUAAGAACUAUGACACCUGGAACGCUCUAGAUUCUGAUUGGUUAAAAACCACACCCGCCGCCCGAGUCUGAGGCCCCUUGUCUAAGUAAAUGCCUUGUCAUAAGAUCCCAUUAUGAUGACGUCAUAAUAGUGUCUUUUUCUCCCCAUACUUUAGCUGUACAUGUACGCAGGGGCGUAUGCGAGUAGAUGGACGUUACGCCCCUGUAGGCUAGGUAGGUUCUCAAUUAGGUUCUUACAAGUAAUUUUUAUGAAGGACAUAAUAGAUUGUUGGUAAUGAAAAAAUAAAUAAAUUUUCUGUUUAUUCACAAUUAUGAUAACCCUAACAAAACUUAUUACCGAAUAUCACACAGUUUAGUACAGUAUGUUUUUGCUGUACUUAAAUUUACAACUCAAGGUUACACUCCUUUGUUAAAUUGUUUAUCAUAAUUUAACUGUAAAAGUUGACCAGAUAUAAGAACCUGCUUGAUUUAGCUUGCCUAAACGGGUUCUGGUAUUCUUAGGUAUUAAAGUGGAAAUUUCUGCCAGGAGGUUCUUAACCACAGGUUCUUAUUAGCGGGUGUUUACUCAGUAACUGCCUCUUUAGUCAAACCAGUCAAACCUGUAUUAAGCGGACCUCUAUAGGCGGUCACCAAUUAAGGUCCUGGAAAAAGCUUCCCUUAAUUAUUGUAAAAACUGAUCUGUAUUUAGCAGUUACCUCUAUUAAGCAGCCGUGGUCACCUGUUUCAAGGUCUUAAUGAGUAAUUUGUCAUUGUCUUUACCUCUAUUAAACUGUCCCUUUGACAAGAUGUGCCAUAGUAGUGCAAAAGGAUACACAGUGUAGGGUGUUUAGUGGUCUUGCAGAGACUUGCCAACCCCCAAAAGGCAAAAAAUGUGAGAUUCUGAACCAGAGCUGGGAAAAGUAGUGAGAAAUAAAAGGGCAAAACGAGGAUCGUGGUUAAUUUUAAUACUGAAAGAUUACAACUAAACCACAUUUUGGUACCUCAUGGGUAAAAAAGAUGAUGAGGGAAAGGAUAGAUCUUUUUGCUUUUUCUUUGGUCCGUACAUUAAGUUGAGGACCGAAAAUUUACCAUUCUAGAAAAAGAAGUAUAAGUUAUUGUGAAAAAAAAAAAACGAAAAUAUAAAUAUCAGCAGUCUUGACAAAUGAUUUUGAGCAGAACAUAUUGAACUCAUUUUGCUGUAACUGAGGGCAUAACUGUUUAUCCUGUAGCAAGUGAGAUCUCAUUGAAAUGGGCUGUGAAUAGUUGUGUUUAGUUGUUAUUUUACAGAAAAUACUGCCACUACAGUCAAUAUAACUUACAUUAUAUCAUUAUCUUUCCUUACCGUUUCAGUUUUACAUUCGGCCUGAAACUACAGUGAAGAUCACCAAGGAUACAGUUACAAUUAGCAAACUAAAAGAACGUGGGGGUUAUAACGGACGAACUGUUCAACUAAAAGAUGCUGAUCCAAAUGAGCUUCAGCUUUUUAUUGACAAUAUGCCCGCCACUAUCAAAGGUAAGAGUGUGAAAUAUGGUUUUUGAUUAAAAAGGGAAUAAGAUUAAACUUACUGUAUGUACGUAAGUUUAGAAACAGGUAGCUUAAGCUUAUGACGAGAGUAGUUAGUUUGGUUUUUUGAAUUGAGAAGCUUAUGGUUAAACCCGUACAUAUGUAUGGAUAGCUGGGCUUAAAUAUUUAACAUUGAUGAGUGAAAUAUCCAGACUAAAUUUUAUAAACAUUAACGCUUAUGAAUUUGGUGAAACGGCAAUCCUCGCGUCAAAACGCGCUGUCAAGAGUGUCAAGAGGGGUUGACUACAAGAACAACAUUUAUAUACUUAAAAAGAGCAUGAUAUCGGGCUGUCCUCCAUUCUAGUAAUUUGGAGUCGACAAACCAGAUCAUAUUUAAUACUAUAAAAUGAAAGCUUAGAGUCAAACAUUAGUUGGACUUUCUCAAAGCCCGUUUCCAUUUUUCUGCUUUUUUAAGACUUUUUCGCUAUGCACGUUCUGUGGGUAAAUAACAAUUAUUCACCGAAGUGGAGGUGGCUAGCCACCGACACUGAGGUGAAUAAUUGUUUUAGUAUAUACUAAAACAGUGAGAUAAUUGAGCACAAAAUGAUGAUUUUUAACUCAUUUACUGUUGCCAACGAUUACAAUUUUGGCGCGCGAUGACUGAACGGCCGCGGUCGGCGCUUUUUCUUAGCGACAAAUAAAACUUUUGAAGGCGUUUGUUUCGCUCUUGCGGGGAAGUUUCUUCAAAAUGAGUUGUAAAUUCUGUUUGUAUUUACAAUAAUUCUGUAAAAGAGAUUAUUAAAUAUAGUUUUAAGCUUAUUUUUGAAUAAGUGAACUAAAUAAAGUAACGCAAGACUUAAGCUUAAUUUGCAUUUGUAAACAAAAAAAUACUUUUUCACCGCCUUUAUCGAUAACUAUUCACGUCAAAAAGACAAAGCUUUACCUGUUAAAACUUCCAAACCGAACUUCGUCACCUUCUUCAUGUAUUUCGGAAAUAGCUUGCUUGAUUAGUUGCGAAAUUUCUUAGUUUGUUACGGCAGCAAACGGGGAAAGCAUUUUGCUCGCAAGAGUCUCGCAACAUACGCGAGUUUGGCGUCGCUCGCUUGGAGGAACUGGAGGUGAAUCAGUGAAUAGUGCAGGAUAUUCACUGAUUGAGUAGCCAACCAGAACGCGCGGAAAACACUAUCCACUGUUUUAGUAUAUACUAAUUAAUUUUAUCGACCAGUACGAGAUGGAUCUGGCAAGAGCUACGUGAUUGUAUUUUUUACCCCUUCAUUUCGUUUUUUCUAAUGGCAUAUCUCACGCUUGCCCAGAAUGGUGAAACACUCAAUAGAGCUAGCCUAGAUCCAUCGCAAAAUUAAACAAGACUUACCUGUAAGUUGAAGUUUGAUUAAGAUUCUACCGAGUUAUAAAAUGCUAGCAGCCGGUAAAAGAAAAAAGGAAACAUCUCUUGAAAAAGAGUACUAGCCCGCACAAGGCUUCAAACUAGAUUAACUAAAAGAAAUAUACAUGUAAAUGCUACAGGGAAGUACGCGCGUACGGUAUUUACGCCCUCCCUCUCCGGGGGCGAUUUACGCACGAGUUGUUCACUUUUCAGAGAGAUGCAAAAACAAAUUCGUGCUUAAAUACCGUACAAGGCACUUCUGCACUUUCUAGGCAACAAAUCAUGGAGAAUAUUGGAUAUGGCCUGGGUGCAACGCCAUAACCCACUUUAAUCAUUAUACCCAAAAAAUUAAACACUACAGCAAACGAAAUAAAACUGAAAGCUACAUGUAAGAGUGCCUGGGUGGCCAGAAAAAACCUGUCCCAAAAAACCCCGUAGGGAAAAAAGUACAGGAAAUCUGGGGCGGGCUAGGCGCAACUUACGUCCCACGUCAGGACUCUAAACAAAUUACUCAAAACUGCAACAGACAAAAGCAGAACUUCUAAUAAAACCAUUACACGUGUAUACUGGAAAAUAUACUACACCUUGUAUUCACCUGGACUGAAAAUGACUUAGAUAAGGCUAAGCGCUAACAAUUACACGCAAAUUGUGGGAAAUAUACUGAAACAUAUUUAUAUUUUUAUGAAAUACAUCUGGACUGCAAGUGACUAGAUACAGAGAGCUAGUUAAGACCAUGCCGAAAAUGCCUAUGCUUAGUGGACUCGCACCUCCAACCGGCGUGGAUAUCCAACAAAUCACCAGCUAUUCUCCUACAAGCUGGAUUGGGUGCCACGUCAGACUCGCGCUCACUUGUGGGUGCAGUACUUACUUAGAAACAUCACUAACUAAUGGCUUUAAAAUAUGCUUCUUAAACUCGUCUCCUAAAUAACGUGAAUAAAGAAACACUUGCACUAGAAUGAAAGUAUAAUAUACCGUGCUAAGAUUGAGCUUGAACAAUUCUACGAACUAAUGGAAACGCACAGGAGGACUAAGGAGAGAACUUAAUAAAACACUAGGUCACAGUUGCGGGACAAGGCCUCAGAGUUCUAUAAAGAUCUACUUUGCGCUUGCACGGACACAUAAAUCGACAUAAAACUAUUACAUGUAUAUAUUCUAGAUGAGAGGCAAAAUCUUUAGCAAUCGCCUGACAGAACUAACAGAAAGCAGCUACUUAGACUGAACUGGGCGUGCAAGCCUGGCUUCUUUUGGCGUCCUCUAAUUUAAAGGGAAACUUAAGCAAGGCGUGGCUAACAACAAAAUUAAAUACCAGCCACUGCAUGGCCCCAACUUAUACUGUAAACAGCAGAUUCUAAAUAAGAUGCGCCAGUGUUAUCCUCAGAACGUUAAGCAAACUUAGAUAGAUGCAAUGGGGCAAGCAAAGGUUUUUCUAAUAGCAGAAACACCAGUCUUCGAAAGAGCCGAGUCACGUCACCACAAUAAGCCAGACCCGUAUCUUCAAGACUGUGGAUGGAGCGUUAACAUCCAACUGCAAUCCAGUCAGGCCUGGAACUGUAUCCCUCAGCGAAGAAUCAGUCAAAGGGGCUGUUUCAAGCCAUAACCUGGAAUUAAGGGCAACUGAAAUAAAAGAAAUAUCGUAAAAAUUAAACAACUACAGCGCUAUUUAUUUAACUGAAUAAAAAAAAAAAGAAAAACGUUGAACAAGGGAGGCGCUGAGCAAAAUAUUCGGGCAAAGAAGAAUUGAAAAAAUUAUAUUACAGGCCCAAAACGAGCCGACACAAAAAUGACUUGAAACAUGCCGAAUCGGGCUCAAAAAUAAGCUAAAGCAGGCUCACAGAUAUGCCAAAUCAGACUUCCAAAUGAGCUGAAGCAGGCUCACAGAUAUGCCAAACCAGGCUCAAGAUUAUGCCAAAUCAGGCUAAAAAAUAAGACAAAUCAGGCUCACAUGCCGUACAAAUAUGCCAAACCGGGUACACAAAUAUACCAAAAUCAGGCUCAAAUCAGGCGACCACUACGAGACCCACAGGAAAGAAAAAUCCAGUUAUCCUUUCCACUCCAGUCUCGGACAAAGGCAUCGGACACACCUACAACCAGGAGAAGUAAACUAGGAGUCAAAACGCGGAAGCUGAGCGCUCUAUAAUAGGAUGUGAAACGGUUAAGAUUCGUGCGAGGACCCCAUUUGGCUUCAACGACUCGAAACACAGAGGGAUUAGUUGGCGAAUCAUCCUCGUUAAUGAAACGGCGCAAACGAUCAGCCUUCGUUGACCCAAAUAAUCGAUCGUGAACAUAACGCUAGCCGCGAAAUAAAGCGACGCUUGCGUCCGGAAAUACAACUGCGGAAGCAUCAGGGAGGGGUGCCGAAUGGAGUUACUGUUUAAAGAGUCAAUGUCACAAAAACGAAAACUUCAUUUCCUCCAGCCGAGGGGGAGUGAAGCGAAAAAGGUAACCCUAAGCCGAUUAAGACUCCAUAGCUACCUACGUCUGGCUUGUAUGAAGAGGGGAAUGGGCCCCACCGCUAAGGCAACUGAAAUAAUGGAACCAGCCAUCCAGCUGAUUUCCAAUAGAGAGUUGACUCAUUUUGAAUUGCAGAAUUCGGCCAAAGCCGCUUCACUAGCUGAAAACUUGCCUGUCGGGAAUCUGAAACGUAAAUCACAUAGUGGAGACCGCAAACCCGAGCCACUCGCCCACUUGUAUUGGGACCCGUUGGGAUUUCUCCUUACCAAUAAGGAAACGGGAAGAAUAAGCCCCUUGCGCUCAAUAAAACCUACUGGGCGGCGGAAGUCCUCUUUAGAUGACUACCAAAUGCGUCAUCGAGAUAAACAAAAGACUUCAAACCCAUAGAAAGCCAGUAAAACAAAAACAAGCGCUUAACUAGACCAAAGACUAAAAUCGAGAAAGCGAAAUUCCAGAGCACACUGUUGAAGGGCCAAGAAAAACCUCGAUACUUCUGGUGAUCUAAGGAAAUGUCAAUCCAGAUUAUAGGUCCCAUUCAUAAGGUGCGAAAAUUCUCGUACUUAAACUUAAAUCAACCGAGGUAGCAGUUAACGUGACUGCAUAUGAUCGAUGACGACUUCAACCGUCAAAAUGGAGGCUCACCAUGCUCGAUAAUACAGCCAUUAGCUAAAAACUCGGAAGUGGGCAAUGGUAGCAACAGUGAACUGAGGUGCUUUUAGGCGGGACUCACAAAGCCUAAAGGAGGACUUAAAGCGACCCUAAAUAACUCCUGAACAGAUAUCCCUUGGAAAAGUUCUUCGGAAAGACUAAAUUAAUUCAAAUCACACUCAUCUGAAGAUUGGCAAAUGAAUGUUAUCCCUCAUCUAUUGUAGCCAGCCACGGCGAGGAUUGGUCCUUGAAAUGAAGAAACAGACGUGAGCAAAAGCCGAAUUCUAAUCGCUAAAAAACAAAACAAACAAUUUUUCCAAUAAGCUGAGAAACUGAAAGCAAUAAAAUCAAAUCAGACUGUGGGUUGUUAGGCGUUCACAGACCCGAAGGACGAAUUCGAAUGAACAAGGCACUUAUAUAACUGUAUAAAAAAUACUUAACACCAAAAAUACCGAAACACAAACAGACAAGAUAAUACACGUAAUUAACCAUAUAAGAACGUGCAGAAAACAGAUAUCUGCUAAACUGCGUACCGCAGAUAUUUUUGCAUUUCCAUGUGGGUUUGUGUUUAGUAUACAUGUACAGUAUACAUACCGAGAGAUCAUUCUGUCAGUCUUUAUUUUGAAGAUUUCCAGAGUGCUUACUGAAUGAUAAACUUGGUGCUACAUAUUGUGAAAUGACUUGAAAGGAAACGGCGUCCCUGUGCGUGACGUCGUCUUUCCAAACCUCUAAGUAUUAAAAUUAUAACGAGAGUAAAGAUAUAAGGUACAGGCGCUGAUCUAGGAUAAAUACUGACCGAUUUUCCAACGGCGAACGUCCAACGCGCAAGUCUCUAGGGAGGUCCGGGGACUUGCUCCCCCGGGAAAUUUUUCGGAUUUUAACUCCCUAAUCACCCUUUUCCUGGGUUUCUGUGUCAUUCAGACAGGAUAUUGGCAAGUUGCACUCUCCUCGCGCGGAUGAAGCCUUGCAAUUGCAAAUCGGCGGAUUAUUUCAUCAAGGUCAAUUUCCGUAUUGUAGUGGAUAUGAAUCAAGGCGAGUCCAAACCAUUUUCCAGAUUAACUUGGAAAUUUUUAUAUUAUUAAAAAUAUAUUUAUUAUGAAAAAUCUGACCGAUUUCCGUAAAUCUGUGGAAACCAGUGUGGAUCCGUGCCUGAGGUAUUACAGGAAUUACACUAUUAGUUUACCGUUUUGUUUUGGAAAAAACACAAGUAAUUGACUGCGGAAAAAUAAAUGAAUUUGAGUGAAGUGGUCGGUUUGAAUUAGUUUAGCAGCUAUAGAAAAAUAGCUGCUAUCAAAAGUACAACUCAGCGCUUGGUUGUUUUCUCCCUUUCUACUCGUCGUUUUACAAGCUCUUUACAGUUCUCUUCAGAGGCAAUGAAAUGUUACCAAGCUAUUCUAUUCCAGUUCAGACCCGACUACUCAGUGUUUACUUUCUACGAGAAAAGCACGCCUCUAUGGUCUCAACAAAUUUCAUUUUUGAGUGACCACGAACAAGAAAGGAUAAAGCUGGAAGCAACUCGCGAAGCAAGGAUGCUGCAAGGACCUAUAAGAGGUCGGAAAAUUAGCGCUGUCGAGGGGCUAGAGUAACAGUUCGCUUAUGCAUGUUCAUAAGUUCCGGCCGUUUGGGCCUUUGGCUCGUGUGCGUCUUUACCUUUUUACUGUUUUUAACGCGAGCGUAUGAAUAAGCUCUCGAAAUGUAAAAAUCAUAGAGGAUUUUCAUUAUAAAGGAGCUUGCAACAGAAAAUUCCUGCCUAUCUUAUGCAUUAAAUCAUAGAUAAGAAGAGACACGAAGAGAGAAGUAUUUGAUACUACCUACAAAAAUUAUGAUCUGUGUGAGUGAACCAGUUGCUAACUAAACUCGAUGAGUGCUAACCGACAUUGAUGAAGGAGUCUGAAGAGUCCACACCCCUUUCCUUAUCAUAGAACCACUGUGACCGAAGCCAACUCCUCUAACCUAGAAGUGGAAAGAGAAAUCCAAGCUGCCACGAACGCAUUUGGUGCCGUACUAUCGAAAUUAAAAAUGUAAAAGGCGCUGUGCCGCGGUCCCUGUACAGGAGAAUAACAACCCUGUACAGGAAAAUAAUCAUCGGAGACGAUGGACUUCCAAUACAUUUGCUGAUGUGAAUGAAAUAGCUGACUUCAGUUGUUGAUUACCCAAUAAUCUGAAAAAUGUUUGUAGAACUUAUAUUUCAGAGUUAAAAUUGAUCGACGUUGAAAAUGAUGUUGACAGUCAACUAUUGCAGGAGAGGAAGGAGAGACACUUCUGCCGGCCCCCGACGUGUUUCCUAUUACUCAUGCUCUGGCGUUUCCUAAGAAAGCAAUAUAACGUUUUAGCCCUGUGAGACACAAAUAACAGUGUGGGUUCAGAGAUUUCCAGCGUACAGUUUCAACAGGGCAUGCACAUUCCGCAUAGCUGCUAUCAAAAACAGACAGGGACAGGGUUUAAAAACCACUAAAAAACCAUUAAAAACCAUUAAAACCAUUAACAGACAGGGUUUAAAAACCACUCAGUUUCGACAACAAAUCUGCUCGACGGUAGACUGCAAAACAGUCCGUAUUUUUGUGCAUUCAAGUACGCGCGAGCAACGCGCGAGCAACGCGCGAGCAGUCAAACAAAAGGUCUAGAACGAGGCUGAAAACAGAAAGCGAGACUGGGGAGCGCCCUACGGGCGUGUGAGGCUCGCGCGCUUCGCGCGCGUAAGACUCGUACGCCACGCCUUACCGAUUUCUUUACCUAUUUUGAGAAAAAAACCGACUGUUUUGCAGUCUAAUUACGAUUCAGCAACAGUAAACAUUUCCUUUUUUAUUCAACCGGAGAAAAAUUUUUUUUCAGAAUGGUAUUUCCCUAAAAACCAUGGGAUUGGGGGUCUUGUUGUGAGAAAAGUUAAACAAGCCAUCGGUGUCACAGCCUUCUAAGCGGAAAGCUGUGCUGUGAUUCGCUUGAAAUGCUAUCCAUCCUGAUUGGCUAAUUAGAUCGAACUUCCGGUUACGAGUGAGUGACAAAUUUGCCUACAGAUUCCCCACAAUCAACACUCGCGUAUAAUCCACGACUAAAACGGGGAUCGGUAGGCAACACACGACUUUUAUCUCAUACCAAAAUGCUGAUUGGUUCAUUAAAUGUUUUUCCUCUGACGGGUAGAUUAUGCUCUGGAAGAAAACGUUGUGACUGAGCAAAUGUGAUUUUUGCCGCUUAUUUCAAACUGAGGUCGUGACACGCAUAUUGAUUUUCUGCGUUUUUUGUUUCUGGUCGGCAUGAUUUGCCUUCUGAUGCAACAACGUUUUUCUUUGACCGCGAGCUCUUUUGAAAUGUAAAGUUACUUAUUGCGGCUAAAUAAGGGUUUUAGGUUGUUUAAUUUCUCCAAAUUAAAGUGCCUCCUGGAUCUCAAAAAUUAUAAGCGAUUUUCUUUUUUCCGUGAAUGUGACGGUUUGCUGGAAUGUAUUGUCACGCUGGGCCCAGCUCGUUAGCGUUUUAGCAUGAUGUUAAAUUCUCACGGGUAGUGAUUUACAGAUCCGAAUCUCGAAGAAUGGGUUGCAGCUCAAACUGAAGCUGCAUCAACUAUGGAGAAUUGCGAUAUGUCAUGAUUGAGUCAAUGACAAUGAAUUUUAAACUCCAGCUUGUUUUUCUAUUAAUGUGAGUCUUUGGACUGGAGCGCGUAGUUCCUCCCUUGGUGAUAACUUUUGAAUUAGCGUAAAACAGUCUUGCGACUCUGUUAAUGCCACUUUGUGAGCAUGCAACAAGAAAAUCCAAAGUUACAACGAGUUCUUAAGAACUACUAAGUGCUCCGUAGGUAAACAAAUUACAAGAAAAAAAAUGGCCCCAGUUGUUGAAACGUUAGAUAGCGCUAUCUAGCGGAUAAAGAUAGUUUGGAAGCAGGAGAUUUUUACUAUCAGAAAGAUCAGCCCAAUUGCCUUUUGACAUCAGGGGCGUAGCGUGACCAUUUUGAAAAGUACGCACACGGUUGCUUAUGGUCUUAAAAACUUUGUACAAAGUAACGUUUUUGCUUUCCUUUGAUACAUAAUUGGCAGUUAACAGGCUUGUUUACAAUAGAACUUAGCGUGAUAUCAAAUAGAGAGGAAAGUAGUCCAGGUAAUUUGACUUCAAGAAUUAUUCCUUCUUUUCUUAAAGGAAAAAAUGAUCGAAAUGUACCUCAGAAAAGAGCUGACUAUGAACUUGAAAUUGAUGAACGAGUUGUAACAUUUGAUGGUGAUGCUCCUGUCAGAGGCACUGUUCGUUAUAUUGGUGAGGACAAAGACUCACAUGGACAGGUUCACACCGUUGUAGGGCUAGAGCUGGUAAGUGAGACAGUUAAUGUGGUUAUUUCAUGUACAAUGCACCUCAACUUGCUCGAUAAGCACUUUAAUUUCUUUUCAGUUGUUUCUAAAAGCUUAUAGUGUAGUCUUUGGUAUCUAAAGGCCUUGGGGGAUAUUGAUGUACAGUUACAUAAUUAUUUCCCGGAAAUGACGUACAUGAAAAUUCUUGUAUUUUUCCAUAUAAUAGCAGAUUUUUAUACCAACUACAAAUGUGAAUCGCAGUAUGCUGAGAAUUUAUUUAUUUAUUCAUUUUGCCAUGAAGAGGCUGCCUGGUGUUGUAAUAAUAUUGUCACUCGACCCUAACCGUGUAUAACUCCUUUAGUGUUGUUGAUCAACUGAAGUGAAGAGACUUAGGCGCUAACAAUAAAUGGUAGCCAUAGAGUCGUGAUAAGAACUGUUUAAAUAGCAAGACCGGUUUCAGAAAUCUAAGAUGGUUUCCUUCGUCAUCUGCUUUAACAGUUAGUCGCUCGCGUAGUUGCGAGCAAAAGAAAGUGACUUUGUGGCUGGAAAAGGUCCCUUUUUAUUGGCAAAGAAGGGACGCGUUGUUAGAGAAAGUAACAUAUUAGAAGUGUGUUUAUAUCCACCAAGAAUACCUUGAGUUUUACACGCUGACCAAAAUACAUAAAACUUUUCCCGUCGGCCGACCUAUCGUCUCUGGUAGUGGUGUUCCCUCACAACGCAUUUCUAGUUUUGUGGAUUCGCUUUUACAACCAAUCGCGCAAAAGAAAAAAAAAUCAAUCAGAGGCUUGGGCUUCUCAAGCGUAUAAAGCAUUUAUUGCCUUUCAGGGCGCGUCUACUUUUCUAUAAAAGUCUUGUUAUGCCCCUUCUUGAAUAUGCUGAUCUAGUAUGGGGCGAUAAACAUAAUAUUACCCUUAUGUCUAGUUUGCAAGUUUUGCAAAAUAAGGCCGCUAAAGUUAUUUUAAAUAGACCAUUGUACUCAUCCUCCACUGAGGCAUUAGCCGUUCUCAAGAGGCUGCCUCUAGAGAAAAGGCGAUUUCAAAGAAGGUGUGUACACGUAUACAAAUGCAUCAAUGGUCUAAUUAAUCACGAUAUGGACUUGAUUAGACAAGACGUACUUCAUAGGCAUAAGACACGUAACAAAGACAAUUUUAGAUUACCACGUGUCAAAAGAAAUUGGGGGAAGCAAAGAACACAAUAUCACGCCGUUUCCGAUUUUAACUCCCUUAGUCAGACGAUCAAAGACUCAAGGAAUGUAAAUAGUUUUAAACGUAAUGUUUUUAAGUUUUUAAUAUAGCUACUUACGUUUAAUUUUUACUUAUACUUAUUUUUAAUUUUUUAUGCAUUUUUUGUACCUUUUUAAUCCCUUUGCAAUUUUAUAGCUUUUUUGUUUUUAUAAUAUAUACCUAGUUUUGAGGUCCUUUUUGAAAACCAUAUCUUUUAUGAAAAAGUUUCCUCAAUAAAGAUGAUUAUUAUUUAUUAUUUAAAACAAGUCUUACAUCAAGGACACUACACACUUUAUAAACUUCAUUGAAAACACGCCACUUCCACAUGAAGCAUUUUUAGCUACAUCAGACGUGUGUUCUCUGUAUACUAACAUCCCCCGGAAAGAGAGAAUCGAAAUCGUUUGUCACCAUUACGAAGAGCAUUAUCAGUCAAAUUUACCUAUCCCUGCUCCAUUUUUGGUAGACUUAAUGCGACUGAUUCUAACUGAAAACUCAUUCAAUUCAACGACAAACACUACCUAUAAAGACACACGGCAUUGCAAUGGGCACCAAAAUGGCGGUUGCCUUCUCAGUCAUUUUCAUGGCUCAAACCAUUUCUCUGGAAGAGAUUUAUUGAUGACAUAUUCUCAGAAUGGACUCUUUCUGAAACCUAAAUCAACUAGAACCACUACGUGGAACUUACCGGGGCCCAGUGAGACAUGGGAUUGCAUAGAUAUAGUUUACCUCUCGCACCCCUCCCCCCUCCUCUGUGGAGGCUAAUACUUAGUCUGAAUUAACUCAUGCAGAAGAAAAGCAACAAAAUGCAUGAGAAAGG